AUGGGCACCCUUCUUUCAUCCCAUCACUCAAAACCCUAUUCGGCCGCACAUCAGAUACACCUACCUAACCAGCACGUAGUACAGCUUCUCCUCCUCUUCCUCCCCCGGACGGCGGGCGUGCAGAAGCUGAUCAUGCCGCCGGAGAAGGCGCGGCUCGUCGACAUCAUGUCACUGCUGCUCCUGCGCAGGCGGGUCACCAGCUGCAACACCUUGGUCGACUCCGGGGACCAGGACAGAGUCCUAGAUAACACGCCAGGCGACCUGCUCGUCGCACUCACCCAGCUGAUCCAGAAGGCCCUCGCCGCUGCCUACUACCCAGCCAAGUGGUUCGGCGCCGUUGUCGAGUUCCUCCUCAACUUCGUCGCGGUCAACGGCGGACUAUUUGGGAUCAUAGGGAGCAUCAUGAGAUGUAAUCUUGUGAUUCCGCUGGAUCGGGACGCACCCAACUUCCGAACGGUCAUGGCGCUGGUCGACGAUAGAACCGAGCUGAAGCCGAGCCCCCAGGAGGCGGCCAGCGAGUUGCGGCAACUGUGGGCUAAGAACAGCGAGUGCACUCAGGGGGCCACCUUUGAGCUCACCGUCAUGGCGGCCAAGAUCGCCUAUGAGAACGCCGCAUACAUCGAGAACGUGGUCGCCAACGUGUGGGGGUUCAAUUUCGUGGGGUACUACAGCUGCUGGAACAAGUUCCUGGAGGUGAGCGCGACCCAGGCGUUCGUGAUGACCGACCGCGGCAAGGACGCGGGCAUGGUCAUGGUGGCUUUCCGUGGCACGCAGGUGUUCAGCACGCAGGACUGGUCGACGGACGUGAAUCUGUCGUGGUUGCGCCUAGGCGGCAUGGGCCACGUCCACGCCGGCUUCCUCAAGGCGCUCGGUCUCCAGGAGGAGGACGGCGUGGACGCCGCGCGCGCCUUCCCCAGGGACGCCCCUGCCGUCGUCCCCGCGGGGAAGGUCGUCGCCUACUACGAGCUCCGAAGGGUGCUUCGCGAGCUGCUUGCGGAGCACCCGAGGGCCCGCGUCGUCGUCACGGGCCACAGCCUCGGGGGCGCGCUCGCCGUCCUCUUCCCGGCCGUGCUGGCGCUGCACGGGGAGGGGGACAUCCUCGGCAGGCUCAGGGCCGUGCACACCUACGGGCAGCCGCGCGUCGGGGACGAGGCGUUCGUCGACUUCUUCCAAGCCAAGGUGGCGGCGUCCUACUGGCGCGUGGUGUACAGGUACGACGUCGUGCCGCGGGUGCCGUUCGACGCGCCUCCGGUGGCAGGAUUCAGCCACGGUGGGACGUGUGUGUACUACGACGGGUGGUACGACGGGCGGGUGCUCGGCGGGGAGGAGGUGCCGAACCCGAAUUACAUCGGCCUGCGGCACGCGCCAUCCAUGUAUCGCAACGCGCUGGGCGACCUGCUGAAAGCCAUAUUCCUAUGGGUCAAGGCCGGGGGUGAGUACCAUGAGGGCGCCGUGUCCCUGCUCUACCGCGGCGCCAUCGGCAUGCUCGUCCCCGGCGUUGCGUCACACAGCCCACGCGACUACGUCAACGCCAUCCGCCUCGGCCGCAUUGGCACCGCCGCCGGUUAA